CAGUGUAGUGCGGUAAGGAGACAUAUCAUAGGACUCACAGACAGAAAAUAUACGAAAACAUCGUAAAGAAGCAUUAGACGUUAUCAGAUCAGCAUGGCAGUGAAUGUAUACAGUACAAAUCAGACUUCAGAUAAUCUCAGUAGACAUGAUAUUUUAGCUUGGUUAAAUGAUAGUAUACAGACAAAUUACAGUAAAAUAGAAGAAUUAUGUACAGGUGCUGCAUAUUGCCAGUUCAUGGAUAUAUUAUUUCCAGGUACUGUUCAAUUGAAAAAAGUUAAAUUCAACACCAAAUUAGAACAUGAGUACAUACAGAAUUUCAAAUUGCUACAAAAUGCUUUCAAGAAAUCACAAACAGACAAGGUAAUACCAGUGGACAGAUUAGUAAAAGGACGAUUUCAAGAUAAUUUUGAAUUUGUGCAGUGGUUUAAACGUUUUUUUGAUGCCAACUAUCAAGGAAAUGAGUAUGAUGCUGUAGCAGCUCGUGAUGGACAGCAAGUAGGAGCACAAACUAAACCAACAAAUAGAGUGUCACCGGCAGUCAAGAAACCACCACCUCAAAGACAGCCAGUUCGUGCAGCAUCUAACACAAAAAGUCCAUCACAGCUCAAACCAACAACACAAAGAACCGUAAACAAUAAUUCAGUUGGAGGUGCUGGGGAUAGUGGAAAAGUAGAAGAAUUGAAACAACAGUUGAACGAAAUGAGAUUAACAAUAGAAGGAUUGGAGAAAGAAAGAGACUUUUACUUUGGAAAGUUACGUGAUAUUGAAAUUACUUGCCAAGAAUACGAACAAGAAAAUUUGCCUGCUCUGAAAAGCGUCUGUGACAUUCUUUAUCAAACUGAAGAUGGAUUUGCACCACCAGAAGAUGAAGUGUUGGUGGAUAAUGGAGAAGAGGAAGAGUAUUAAACAAUAUAUACAUUAAUGCAAUUAUUAUAACUUUCCUGUCAUUCAGUUCUGAUGUUGACUAACUCUGUUAUCCAACAAUGGUAUUAUGUAUUUAUUCAGCAGUUAAAUUUAAAAUCGUUUUCAACUGUUAAAUGUCAAGCUAUUCUAUAUGUCACAGGGUACAGUGUUAGAAGUCCCUAAGAAUAGGUAUUCAAUUUAUUUAUAGAUCUGCAUAAUUGUAUAUAUUGGCUGUAUUAUUCACAAAUUUUGAGUUUCGUAGUCAAAAUAUAAACAGAUAAAGUAACAUGGGCUUGAAUGCAUCUUCAAGCAUAUCUAAAGAAUUCUCACUCUUUCUAUGACAAUAUUUUAUGCAAUGCAUAGAUUAGAGCAAAAUUUUGUAGAAAGGAUAACCUAUAGCAUAACUGGAAAUUGCUCUAAACAGUACAUAUGAUGUCCCUAAAAUUAAUCAAAUAAAUAAUUUCUAAAUACAUUUUGGUGUAAUUAAAUUAUGCCUCUAGUCCAAACUUUGAAUGCAUGAUGUAUCCCCUAAGAAAUCAUGCAGUGCACCUCAUCCCUCACUGGCUUCCUAGUGAGAUUCUUGUUUUAUUGUUGAAACUUGAAUCAUUUGCCUGUACAAAGUUAAUGUAAAGAAUAUGAUAAAGAAAUCCACUAUAUUCUUUAAAGGAACGCAUUGUAGAAAUAUUCAUGGAUAACUAGCGCUAUGUUAACAGCUACCGUAGAAAGGCUUGUAUAGUCCGCGGUUUUAUUCUCCAAAAUUGGACCUUCCAGACGGGGUGCGGACUAUAGAGUACAAUAAGUAAGAAAUAAGAGAAAAAUUUCAAUUUCGCGGGCGAGGUGGUUUGUUUACGUUCUGCCAUCUUUGUUAUUUAUAUUGUAGAGGGCGCUCUUAUCAUUUUUCAAACUAAUAAUUUUAACUCAUCCAUAUUAAUAAGUUAUUUCUAUUCAAUAUCAAAUUAAUACUGAUAAAUAUAAAAACUAAACCUUUCAUUACAAAUUUCUUGUUUCUUUUCAAUGCAUUGGUUGAAAUAAACUGGUAUCUGCUUGAUUGAAACGAUACAAACAUAGUGAAAAAGACAACCGUAAACCAGCUUAGAAUUUGUAAACUACAAAACGUAAUCGGUCAUUGUUCGUUCCGUUUUGGUGUUUCAUACUGACUAAUAUGGUUUGUAUUAGCUUAAGACCCUUCAAACAUUAAUGUGAUAGAUAUAUUAAAGACUGUUUUACAAAAGGAUGGAACUGUUUUACUUUCAAAGUCGUAUUAUAGUGAUAUCUGUUAUGUACGGAUUUCGACUCUCACCGGUUAAUUUCUUCUUCUACAUGUGCUUUUUAAACUUCCUUUUUUAAGUGAAUUAAACUUAUUUUAAUAAUCAUGAAGCGUUCUAGAAUCAUUUACAAGCAGUUUCGGCUUCUGUUUGAUGAUGGAAAACAGGGUUUUCCAAGAAAAUACCGCAAAAGACCACACAGGAUUUGAAAUUACCGGAGUUUCAUUAGACCUUUUCUAACAGUUACAAAAAGUUUUUUUACCUAAAAUUUUGUGGGGAGAAGGGGGUGCGGACUAUGUACCACUGCGAACUUUCAAGCCUUUCUACGGUAAGUAAAUGCUAAGGGUUUCAUCAUUUUUUAUUAUAAACUGCCUACUUAUUUUAUCUGAUGAGAAAUAAGAAUCUAGAAAGUGAGUAUGUUAAGAUGAUACAGUAGACUACUUAUUUUGAACCAUGCAGACCAGAAUUCUUUUGCUUAUUAUGAUAUCUUAUAAAGUGAUUAAAAAGUAAUCUCAGUUUAUGAAUGUUGUAAAUCUAUUAUACAGAUAUCAUAAUUCUGGAAAUGUUUUAUGUAACAUUUUGAAAGGUAUCUUGUUCCAAGAAAACGAACACAAAGGAGAAGGUAUAAAUCAAAAAGUAUUAUAAAGCUACCAAAUGACGUCCUUCAGAUGUUCAUAUUAAAGACAUAAGUCUUGCAGAUAUCAGUAUUUAUAUUUUUUAAUUUUGUCUUGCAUAUUAACAUCAAGGCUUCAAUCUAUUUGCGUUCAGUGUAUAACUGCAAAAAUUGCCAAAAUAGCAUAAUUUUAAGAUAAUGUCAUUAACAAUUAAGAAUUGAAUGCUUCUAAUUGUAAUUUUAUUGGGGCUCAAAAGCGUUGACCAAGGCACAUUUUGUAUGAAGCAUGGAAGGGCUUUAUACUUAAAAUGUGUUCACUUUCAACGCUUGUACAACCCUAUAAAUUACAAACAGAAGCAUUCAAUUCUUAUUUUCAUGCUACAACUAUGAAAUAAUAGACAAAUCAAGCUUUUUCAUUUGUUUUUUAUAUGCAUUGUUUUGACAUCACAGAUAACAUGUGCAGUCAUAGAUGUUGCAUUCUAUAGAAUAUAACUUUUUGAAUGCCUCGUCCAAUCAAAAUUCCAGAAUCAUACGAAACUUCUUUGUAAUGUUAUUUUUAGAUAUUAACUAUGGCUUCUAACAAAAAGUAAUUUAUUUGGCAAAGAUGGAAAAAUGUGUGUAAAAUAUCUUUUUGGAUGUUCCCUCAUAUUUAUUUUGUCCCAAAACUAUGUAUUAAAUGGUCUAUUUAGUCAAUUUUGACAUGAAAAUGACAUCACAAUUGACCUUUCUGCACUAAAUUGUCAAGAUUAUAUUAAUCUAUUCAUUUAUCAAUAAAAUGAACAUAGUUUUAAAUGGUUGUAAAGAGUUUUUGAGGACCAUACCAUGUUAUCAUGGUUAUAGUGUAUAGGUAUUUACAUCCACAUCAUUUGGACUCAGGUGUAUAGUUAUCUAAUAGGCAAUCAUACCACAUCUCGUAUUUUCAUAUUGAAUGAUUUUACCAUUUUUGCCAUGUCAGGGGCCAGAUAAUAGCUCUUAUCAUACCUCUCCUUUGAAGCUUUUGUUUACCAUAAAACCUAAAUGUAAAAAUGACCUAUGUUUGUAAUACACUGCUGUAUGCACAUGCAGUCAAAUCAUACUUCUAUAUUAUUCAGUGACUCAUUGUAAAAUUUAUGUCAACCCCCUCCAAAAAAAGACUUCAGAUAUGUUUAUGGAACAUUUAGAUAAGCAUACACAUAGAAGUGCAUGCAUGCAACUUUAGGGGAGUCGAUACAGUUUUAUUGUAUUGCUAUUUAUUUUCUUUUUUUGAAAUCUUUGAAAAUAUCCAGAAAUAUAACAUAGAUUAUUGUUCUUUGUUUCCAUGAAAAGUUAUCGUCUGAAUUUGGUAUUUUUGUAAUUUUAUUAAAAUUGUAUGACCAAUUUAUAAUUAUCCUUGGCAAUAUCAUAGCUUAUUUGGUUUUAUUAUAAGAGCAUUAGGGAAAUUUAAACUAACAUAUCCAAAGUAUUGUUUUGAUUGAAUUUCUUAUAACAUAAUAAAAAUGGUAAAUUUGGCAACCUUAAUUGAGCAGUUCACAAUGUUCUUGUAUUGUUAUUUUUUUAGUAUUUUUAUAUGAGUUGGCUUUCGUUGUGCAUUUUGAAAUAAAUACAUCAAAUGUA